AAACCGCUGAAAACCAUCACUCGAUUUAUUUAUUUAUAUUAAAAAGGGAAAACCCACCCUUUGGACUCCCCAGUGGAAUAACGACAUUUCCGCUGGCAAUCGCGGUUCUCCGAUUCGACUCAGCUAUGGCGAGCUUGACUCGGAGCUCACUAUCUCAACCCGGAACUGUAUCACCAUCGAUCAAAUUUCCGGGUUUGGAUCCACCUUUCUUUUCACUUAAUGACGUUCCUUGCUCCUAGUGUUGCUUCAGCCACUUCUCGCCGUUGAUUUCGUCAAAAUCCCGUAGAUCUGAGACGUUCGGGGCAAUCAACGGCGUCGGUCAUGUCAAUCGGUAUAUUGAAAAAUGUUCAAGGCUUGGUGCUGAAAUGGAUGCUUACAUUAUCUUGCCUGGUAUUUACGAUUGAGUCUGGUGCAAAUGAUAAAACAAUGGAGCCCAUUUCUUUAUAUGAUUCUAGAUCACCUUUGGCCUUUGUUGUUGUUCAUGAUCUACCUCUACCAACAAAUCUCCAUGUGUCAAAGCACGUGCUUUCUCGUGGUGUACCAAUUGCAGCACUGUCACCGGUCAAUCCUCCUUCAUAUGGUCAUUUCACAAGUAAUGACCAAUCCCCUACAAGUUCCCAUUUAUCCGUACCAUUCAAGAAGAAGAGUGAAAUGAAACCUCCAAUCUCUGGCUUUAAAGAUAUUUCCCCUGUGCAUUCUAUUGCAGCUGCAGGCCCUUCCGCUUCGGCUGAGCCACCAUUGUCUCCAUAUGCUUCUAAUUGUUGUAAACAAGACAUGGUGCUGAAAAGAGGCAGUAAGAAUUGCCACUGUGCAUAUCCCAUAAAGCUAGACCUUUUUCUUAUGAAUGUCUCUCAAAACCCUAAUUGGAAUGUUUUUCUUGAUGAAUUAGCUGCCCAGCUUGGGUUGCGAAAUACCCAGAUUGAACUGAUAAACUUUUAUGUACUCACCAUAUCAACUUUAAAUAUAUCAAUGAAUAUUACUCCACAUAAAGGCAUCAGUUUCUCUGCCAAUGAAGUUUCUAAAAUAAACUCUACGCUUUCAAUGCAUAAGGUUCAACUAGACCCUGGAUUAGUGGGUGGAUACAAACUUCUCAACAUAACGUGGUUUGAACCUCCGCCGCCUUCUCAAGCUCCUACUUUAGCUGCAUCACCUGUGAAAACACCUUUGUAUCAUUCACCUACUGCAACAUCAUCGAGUUCUCCAGAAAGAGGAAGGGAUUCAAAUUUGUUUCUUAUUCUUGGAAUUGCUAUUGGCAUAUUCUUCAUUGCUAUUGUAUCCAUACUUGUAUUUUGUUUAUGUACAUACCUGCCAAAAGCGAACACACCUCCCAUAGAAACUGAAAAGCCAAGGACAGAGAGUGCAAUUUCAACUGUGGGUUCUCUUCCCCACCCAACUAGUACACGGUUUAUUGCUUUUGAAGAGCUUAAAGAAGCAACAAACAAUUUUGAACCAGCGAGCGUACUUGGAGAAGGAGGGUUUGGUAGAGUUUUUAAAGGCAUCUUAAACGAUGGUACUCCUGUAGCAAUUAAGAGGCUUACAAGUGGAGGGCAACAGGGUGACAAGGAGUUUUUGGUUGAGGUUGAGAUGCUUAGCCGGUUGCAUCAUCGCAACCUUGUAAAACUAGUGGGAUACUAUAGUAAUCGUGACUCAUCACAGAAUUUACUUUGCUAUGAGCUUGUCCCUAAUGGAAGCUUGGAGGCUUGGCUUCAUGGUCCCUUGGGAAUCAGUUGUCCUUUGGAUUGGGACACCAGAAUGAAGAUUGCCCUAGAUGCUGCAAGGGGACUUUCAUACCUGCAUGAAGACUCUCAGCCCUGUGUAAUACAUAGAGACUUCAAGGCAUCCAACAUAUUGCUUGAGAACAACUUUCAUGCUAAGGUUGCAGAUUUUGGUCUUGCUAAGCAAGCACCUGAAGGCAGAUCUAAUUAUUUGUCUACUCGUGUCAUGGGGACAUUUGGGUACGUAGCUCCUGAAUAUGCCAUGACUGGACACCUGCUUGUUAAAAGUGAUGUUUAUAGCUAUGGUGUUGUCUUGCUGGAACUGCUUACUGGUAGGAAGCCUGUGGACAUGUCACAGCCAACUGGACAAGAGAACCUUGUUACUUGGGCUAGGCCAAUCCUUAGAGAUAAGGAACGGCUGGAAGAGAUUGCUGAUCCAAAACUUGGGGGAAAGUAUCCGGUGGAAGAUUUUGUACGUGUUUGCACUAUUGCUGCAGCCUGUGUUGCUCCCGAAGCAAAUCAAAGACCCACAAUGGGUGAAGUGGUGCAGUCACUUAAAAUGGUGCAGCGCAUCACAGAAUACCAUGAUUCUGUGUCAGCCUCAUCCAAUACACGACCCAACCUGAGACAGUCCUCUAGCACUUUUGAAUUUGAUGGGACAUCUUCAAUGUUCUCUUCGGGUCCUUACUCUGGUCUAAGUGCCUUUGACAAUGACAACAUUUCUAGGACUGUGGUUUUCUCUGAGGAUCUUUGUGAAGGACGAUGAAUCCUGAGAAAACGUGAGCCAUUCAUAAUGGUUUUAUUUUUCCCCAUUCUUUUUGGAGGCACUUUCAAGCUUUGAAUCAGAAGUUUUUAACCUCAUGAUUUGAAUUUUGAACCACUUUCAAUCAUAAGCCAUGGAAUUUUCCAAAAAGAUUUAUUUGAGCAUUUUGUUGGUGAGUGGGUGGGGGCAAUAUGACUGUAAUAAGUAGUAGAUUAGUUAUUAAAAUUUUAAAAGAUGAUUAGGAGGGUAGUAGCUUGUAUAAAUAGAACAAAAUUUGCCAAACGGCUCACUAGUUUUAUUUAUAAACUUUUGAGAUCACCUGUAUUCUUCGAUUGUGUGCUAAUUGAUUACUUGUAGACAGGAGGA